AUGUAUGACGCCCACAAUGUCACCUUCAAUAUGACCCCUAGCGAAAUGAACACGACGGGGAUUGACCAGAUUAUGAUUCCGCAGGAGUUAUUUUUGAUGCUGGGCUUGAUCAGCCUCGUGGAAAACGUCUUGGUAGUAGCUGCUAUCAUCAAAAACAGAAAUCUGCAUUGUCCUAUGUAUUAUUUUAUCUGUUGCUUGGCAGUGUCCGACUUGCUGGUGAGCGUUGGCAAUGUGGCGGAGACCAUGUUCAUGCUGCUGACGGAGCACAGGCUGCUAAUAGUAACAGCCAAAAUGUUGCAACACUUGGAUAACGUCAUAGACAUAAUGAUCUGCACAUCUGUGGUGUCUUCUUUGUCCUUCCUGUGUACCAUCGCCGCUGACCGGUACAUCACUAUAUUUUACGCACUACGUUACCAUAGCAUAAUGACAACGCGACGUGCCGUUUCUAUCAUUGUGGCUGUUUGGAUGGUUAGCAUCAGCUCUAGCUCCCUGUUUAUCGUUUACCAUACCUACAACGCUGCCAUCGCCUGCCUUGUGACAUUUUUUGGCCUUACACUUGUUUUCACGGCUGUGCUAUAUCUGCACAUGUUCAAUUUAGCGCAUGUGCACUCAAGGCACAUUAUGGCUCUCCACAAAGGUCGGCGCCAGGCCACAAGCAUGAAAGGAGCAAUUACAAUAACAAUUCUCCUUGGGGUUUUCAUUAUUUGUUGGGGCCCGUUCUUUCUCCAUCUCAUCCUUAUCUUGACAUGUCCCACGAGCUCUUAUUGCAGCUACUACUUCAGCCAUUUUAACAUUUUUUUGAUUCUUAUUAUAUGUAACUCUCUUAUAGAUCCUCUGAUUUAUGCAUAUCGGAGUCAGGAACUACGCAAAACACUUAAGGAACUCGUUUUUUGCUCAUGUUGCUUCGUCAUAUAA